CAACCACAGUUCCAUUCAAGGAAAAAGAAGACACAUUAGCCAUGUCUACUGUCUUCUUUAUCUUCUCUCUUGUCCUCUCCCUCACCUUCCAACCCGGUCUGUUUGCCGCAGACCCCAAGGGUAAUGGAAGCAACCAAAUUUCACGUGCGUGUGAGCACUCUCCGCACAAGGAGUUUUGCCUUUCCGUCUUUCAGGCUGACCCUGCAAGCACAAAUGCAGAUAUCAAAGGCCUUGCCACGAUCGCUCUCAAGCUAGCUGUUAAAAAUACCACUGAAAUAUCGGUCCGAGUCAAGAGCUUGCUUAGUGACGGCACUUUAGAACCCGGUGUGCAGGAGGACAUCUAUGACUGCAAUAAACAGUACCUGGACGCGGUGGCACAGAUUGAUCAUGCUGUGGUGGGUUUCAAUAUGAACGACUAUCAGAAUGUCGAGACUUGGAUGAAGACUGCUGCAACUCAGAUCCUCACAUGCCAGAACAAAGUCAAGGACAUGAAAAGCGGUGUUGCAUUGGAGUUGUCUAAGAAGAGCCACGCUGCUCACCAGCUGAUUAAUACAGCUUUGGGCGUUGUCCAUGCCGUGGCUCACUAGUGAUGCCCUGUCAUUGUGAUCUUGGGUGCACGGAUCCAUGUCUCUAUUGUCUUCCUGUUCUUAUAUAAAUAUGAAAAUCAGUCAGUAUACAGAUUGAUUUAUAUAUAUUCUCAGAAAAUGGUUGUGAAAGUUGUGACUGACCAACCAAUUUUUUAACACUAGCACAUUUUUUUAGUCUGAGGAAUAGAAUGUAAUGAAAAGAAAAGGAGGGUUAAAGCUUGUUGGUGGCUCAUGUUGUAAGAAAGGCAUGUAUAGUGCAUUUUAUGGACACCGCACAUUUGGCCAUGAAAUAUGUGCGCGUGCAAUCGUCAACAAAUAAUAUA